AUGGAUAAUGGUUUUCCACUCAAGACUGAGCCAAACAUCUUGAAAGAGAUGAUUGCCACACCUAAUAUUGUGAACAAAAUGUUGAAUGUUGUUACUGGUAAGAGCUCUACACUUGACAGCAAACUUCCAGAUGCAGCUGCUGCUUUUGUACCUUGGCGAACAACAAUAGUCAAGGAUGCAAGCAAUGAAGUCUAUGUUAACAUAGUUGAAGAACUUGAUGCAUGUGUAAACAGAGAGGGGGUUCUAGUGAAAUGUGAAGCAUAUGGUGAAGUUCAAGUAAACUGCAGCCUCCCAGGUGUGCCAGAGUUGACCAUGUCAUUUGCCAACCCUACAAUUAUCAAUGAUGUUACCUUCCACCCUGUGUUCGAUUCAGGCCUUGGGAAUCAAAUCAGGGUUAAGAAAUUGAAGAAGACACCAAUUUAUGUGAAACUUCAAUUAACAUCAGAUUCUGGGAAUUGUCGUGUUAGUGUGAUGGUGGGGAUUCGAAAUGAUCCUGGGAAACCAAUUGAUUCAAUAACCGUGCAGUUUCAGUUGCCCCCUCUUAUUGUUUCUGCUGAUUUGACUGCAAACUAUGGCACAGUUGACAUCCUUGCCGACAAGGUGAAAUUCAAGAUUAUGGGAGUUGCCCUGUCUGGUCUUCAAAUUGAUAAGCUGGAUGUGAAAAACACACCGAACGCUCCAUACAAAGGUUUCAGAGCCCAAACUCAAGCUGGAAAGUAUGAGUUGAGGUCCAAGACCAGUUGCAUUUGGGUCAUUUUAUCCUGUUCUGCGCCCAUUACUGCAUUUGAAGGGAGGUACCAUUGUUCAUUUUAUCCUGUUCUGGGCCCUUUACUGCAUUUGAAGGGAGGUGCCAUUGUUCAGGUCAAUAGGUGUCCUGUUCCUGUACCUGUACCUGAAUCAGAUUCUACUGUCUGGUGUGAAAGCAACAGAAUAUUGCGACUCUAG